AAACUAAACUCUUGACUCAUAACGAUCUCAGACGAUUUUUAAAAAAUUUAAAAUUUACCACCACUUAUUCCAAAUCUGAAAAUACAAUUACCGAUAUUUCUUCACAAUCGGCCGAUAAAAUAACUUUUAACAAAGAUGGUGUGCAAACUAGUGUUAAGAAAUAUUAUGAAGAAUCAGAUUUACCAUUGGUGUAUCCAAACCUUCCGUGUAUUGUAGUUAAAAAAGGGAAUCGUAUUAAAUUCUUUCCUUUAGAAGUUUGUGUGUUAUCUCGUGGUCAAAAACAUAAGACUGAUGAUCUCAAUCAACUUCAACAAGAGGAUAUGAUUAAAAAGACUGUGAUUGGGCCGAAAGAGAGAUUUGAUAAAAUAGAUAAAGGUAUUCAAAAAGAAUACAGACAUGGAAGCGACAAAAGGUUAAAAUCUAUUUCAUUUGAUGUUGAAAACAGUGGAUUCUUGAAAAUCAAAGCAAAAAGACUCAAUUCACCGGAAAUAAUUAUUAAUAAUAAACAAAUUACUACUGAAAAGGGUGAAUGGGAUGCACCUAAAUUUAAUGAGAGUGCCAAUUUAUAUAAUUGGUCCGUGGUUUGUUUUGAUCUAGAGUUAAAAAGUUCCUCAAUUGAAUCUGCAAUCAGACUUUUGAAGGAAGUAUUAAUUUCAAAGGGUUUACUCUAG